AUGUUUAACAGACACGAAAGUGUUCAUAUAAAUGGUUCCCAGACAGUAGAGUCAGAAUCACGAAUCACUCGCAACUUUAGCACUGUCAACGAAGAGUAUGCCACAAAAGCGGCGGAUUCAUUUACACCUGUCUUCGCUGCUGCAGAUGAUAAACUAGUUGCUUCGAGUGCCCAACGUCAAGACAUCUUGAAAGAUCUAUCGUCAAUGCAGAUGGAUGGUUGCCGUACGCGUCACUUGCACGAAGCCAGUACCGGAAGUCACUCUACAAUAUCUCAGAUCUCGAUUGGUGCGCAUGCACUGCCUAUAACUCACGUUCAACACAUUCCGCGAGCACCGCGUACGACUCAACCCACCACCUCAGGGGACAUACCUCUAGCUAUUUUGGAGCGCAUGGCCUACGACACAGCAGCUUCGACACUGAGCCUUCGUGGUGUCUCUUCCUUUUCGGUUACACCUCUUUACCUGGGUUUGAAUUCAGAUAGGGGAAUAUUAGAGCGAAUCGUACAGGAGAAUGAGGUUCGAAUGUCCUUUUCUCCGGACCGAUCUAACCGUAUGGCCGCGGCUAGUCUGUCAGAAUCACCAGGGAUUGAAGUUCCACUUACUGCUGUUUCCUCUCCAUCAUCACGUGAUGUUCUUUCACAAGUAAGUACUACCAAAGGAAGUGAUGCACCACCUAAACCUGCACUAACAACGUGUCUUGAACACGUUGCUAGUGGAAGCUGUACCGAUGAAAUCGACUCUCAAACUGUCACAAGGCACAAUACAGACUUGGUUGGCAAGAGGUUCCGAUCCCGUUCUACUGAAUCAACUUUUGUCCGAAAGCCAUUGCUAGAGUCUAUGAACGAUGGGUUGAGAGCUGUAUCAUUAGAAGAUGUAAACAUUAGUUCAGAAAAGUUAGGCAAGUGCCAGAGAUUAUCUGAUACUCACUUGAUCAGGCUUUUAGUACCAGGGUUACUGGAAACAACAAAGCAGCAUGAGCCACUAUGCAAAAUGUCGUCGCCGGAUCACGACCAUAGUGAUAAAGGUCUAAGCGACGAAGGGGAAGGCUGUCGUGACCCUUAUGAAGUUCUUUCUGGGAAGCCGGCGGACACACCCGCCUCAAGUUUUACGAGACCCAAACGAGUACCGAAUUAUGAUAAGUUUAUAACACCAGCUUCACGGGUUAAUUGUUCUGCUUUCCACCCAUCGACCCUUGCACCUUCACAUUGUAGGGACUGCUAUGCGGCUCAUCAUCGCGCCUGCUCAGAAAGGAAUAGUGCCAUUACAGCGCGUGUGUUCAAUAAUCCCAAACAAUGUGCCAGGAAGGUGGAGAGCAUAUGGGUCACUCCCGAGGGCACUUCAACGUGUGUGACAUCGUCGUCACUCAUUCAAUAUAGGGAUGCUUCAGUACAUAUGGAACCAUUUCAAACGUGGCCCUUUCCAGCUCUCUUUAAGUCAUUAUCUUCACCCUUUCAAAGUCCCUUAGAUGAGCCCCUCGUCAUGAACACUAGUGGCGAUGCACUCGAGGCUUUCACUGUCGACAGGGGAGGCUAUACAAUGGGGAAAGAGGAUAGAGAUUUAAGCUUAGACAUCCUAAAUAACUCAUCUCGGGUCAAGCUUCAACCAGACUACACCUGCAUGGAUGAUCCAUUAGGUUCUUUUUCUCCUCGAUUAGAAGCUACGUGCAACAAAUGGUCACGGCUGUCUCGAAUUCACAACGACUUUGCUAUGACAAAUCGCCGCUGUGGCGAGGAGACUCGGGAUGCAAAUCUACAGUGGCUGCUUCGACCGAGUAGCAACAUACAGCGCCAAGGCCAUGACACAGGGUUGCUUAUUUCCGGUGCGAGGGAAAACGUUGAGUUUCUCCGCACGUGGGAAAUGAUUUACAGUACGUAUAUGCGGAAUUGUUCUACGCAUCUUGGCAGUUGCAAGAUAAUAAACUGCUGUGAGAAUUACAGUUCCUUCGAUAGCAGUAGAGUAUGCCAUCAAUCUGGGUUUGGUUCUGGCAACUUCCACCCAAAUAACUUUCAAAGGGCUAAUAGCUUUGACUCACAAAGGUAUGCUUGCUCUUUCAGCGUUCCCACCCCUUCCACAUCGGUGUCUGGCGCGCUUAGUCGCUCAACCGGGUAUUACAGCUUUGGAAAUCGCCUCAGUUUGUAUCAUCCAAAUUAUCAGAAGAUGGGGUUAAUUCCACAACACCUUGGCAGCUUUUCUCAUACAAAAACUCCCUCUCAUGGCUCUAGCGUACGUGGUGUAAAGGAAAAGCUCUAUACCAAUGUGAAGCUGCGGCAACACGAAAAAUCUCACAUGGUCAUGGAUCCUGUUGUCAUAGCAAGCAUUCAGCGACGACCGCUGUUGUUGGCAACUGUGUUUUUGCGCUACACAUGGGCACUUUUGAAUAAAUCAAGCCGCGAUAAUGGGGAUACAAAUGGUGAGGGUGGUGGUGGCAGCUCAGAAGCCCUUCUAUCAAAUGCGAGCGAUAUUGAUGAACUCUCGUGUACUCCCGAUGGUUAUACACAUGCUGACCAACUUCCUAAUGUGCUUUCCAAUAAUUAUAGUACUAACUUUACCCUCGGAGGAAAUAUCAACAAUAACCCAGCUUCAUCUUUAACUGACCCUAAUGGAAAUAUGGAGAAAAGUAUCAUGAAAAGCACUACGACGUUAAACACUCUGACACCAAAUUAUUCUCCAUUGGGGCAUGACUGUGAGCGCUCCAACGAGAAGAGCGUCAAUCUCAAUAAUAAUGCUGAAUCUAGGUUGUUUUGUCGUGAAGUAGUGGCUAGUUCAAGCGAUUCUAACCUUGGGGCUAUCUCAGCACAACGGCCUUUAUCCCGAGAUAGCUCACAGGACGUGCUUUGCUUCACGGGGUCCCCUUUUCAGGAGCAACGUCGCUCUUCAUUGACGCAGUUCAAGGAAAUUGUGCGUCAUCAGCAUUCUAUUGAUAACUUGGAACGCGAAGUGGAUAAUGAAUCGAACGAUCUGAUAGUGUAUGUUGGAACACGGUUGAUGGGAUGGCUCGAAGUGGUAGACCUAUUGGGCAGCGGCAGCUUUGGCCAGGUGUUUUUGUGCAUGGACCUGCGCGUUAGCAGUGGCCGUUUUGUUCACCCAAGCGAGAUAGGUGGGGAAGACUUCGCAUAUUGGAGCUGUAGCCAUGAAUAUAUUCCUUUGGGUGACUGCAACAUCCCACCUGCGAAUUCCCCGCUUGUGGCAGUCAAAGUAGUAAAAAGUAUUCCACUCUUCGAGCAGCAGUCUGUUUUGGAGGCAGAAAUGCUCGUUCUAAUUGGCGUGCAGACAGACGCAGUUGAUUCUCGCGAAGCAGCCUCUCCAAUGUCUCAGACACAGAACUCGGCUCUCCAUCCACCGCCGUCGGACCCGCGAUGUGCGUUUAUCGGCAAAAUCUUAGCUCACGGCGUUUGCUAUGGGCAUCAUUGCAUCGUGAUGGAACGCUACGGCGCAAAUCUCUAUGAAUACAUCCAAAGUCACGAGCACAGUGGCCUGCCCAUGUUCCAAAUCCGCACCAUCGCUAAGCAAUUACUGUCAGCUCUGACCCUUUUGCAUGAGAAUUGCCACAUUAUUCAUGCUGACAUCAAGCCAGAGAAUCUACUGCUCACUCUUGAGUCCUGCCAGGGCACGUACAGUAACAAUUAUAUGCAAACAAAUACUGCAAAAUUGAGGCGCAGUGUGUCACCUGCCUCUGCCGAAGGUCCGAACAGUGGGCAAGCUGCUGAUGAAUUUCCAGAAAAACACAAUGAUGUAGAGUCACAUUACGUUGACAGGGAAUUAACGGCAUCUAACGUAGAAGAACUUUCCACUUCCCUUACUAUUGCCAACUUAAAGGCAAAACCUAGCAGUGUCACAAUGCCUAGUAAAAGUUGCCUGGUUGCUGACUGCGUGGAUGCAAGCACGCGGUCGGAGCCGCUAACAGGACUGAGUCUUAAGCAGCGAGCAAAAACCCAAAGCACCGAGCAAAUGCACGUUGUGCCAAAAUCACAAUGCUUUCAGAAUCUAGAUCGUACUUCGUCUCAGGAACAACUGGCACCGGAUAGCGUUCAUAAGGCAGUAGGGCCACCGGUUAGUUCAUUACUGCGCCUGAAUUCCAUUGAGGCAUCUAUGCGUGGAUCCACCUCAUUAACUAUACCUCGACUGCACAUCAAGCUCAUUGACUUCAGCUCUAGUUGCUAUGAUGCGGGUCCUUUCUACACAUAUAUCCAGUCGCGUUACUACCGUGCUCCUGAGGUCAUUGUCAAUGCUGGCUACGGGCCCCCUAUCGAUUUGUGGUCGACGGGUUGUGUGUUAGCUGAGCUGCUCCUAGGCAUGCCGCUUCUUCCAGGGUGUAACAGCCAUCAUCAGUUGACUUUGAUAGAGGAUAUGCUGGGUCCUCUUCCCGCGUCUCUGCUUGAAUGUGGUGAUUCCACAGAUUUGUAUUAUAAUAAGCAAUGUAUUGAUGAUGCUGGUAUUCAGGAAGCCCUCCCUGGAAGUAGGCCACCCCAGGAUAAAUCUGGAACAACAGCAACUUUUCAGGCAUGGAAGGAGAAAAUAACGGAACACGUUGACAACUCUACACAUAACACCACUUUCAGCUACAAGUUGGUCAGCAAAGAUGAUUUUCUUACAAAAAACAACCUCCCUAUGGUGGAGUAUAAGCGCUACUUUACCUGCAAGACACUACAGGAGCUAGUGCGGCAAUGCCCUUUGCCUUUAGCGGAGAAACGUAUAGGUCACGGUUUGCAACCUUACGUGCCACCAGGCGAAUCAAGUGACAUUCCAUCAGAUGCAAAGCUCUCCGAGACGAUGUGUAAGGAGCUGAUGGCGCAACGUUUUCUGCUUUACGACUUGCUUCGUCAGUUACUAAACCCAGAUCCACAGAUGCGCCCAACUGCUGCACAGGCGCUUUCGCAUCCAUUUUUAUCUAGCGAAUUUACAUAUAUGCAACAGUUUGGUCUGGAGUAA